UUGUGGAGUUGCUAGUUACCGUCGGCUUCAAGUCAUCCAUCUUGCUGAUCAUGCUCCGCCCAUACUGAACAGCCAACGAUUCCAUCGUAUUCGAUCACUGUAUCAGGCUAGAAUGUGAUUUUCUCACCGACUUCCAGGUCCAGUCAGUGCAGUGUCAACUCUGCAACAGGGCAUUGUAGCAGCCUAGCCUCUGAAAUUUGUAUGGCGCUGGUCCAGAUGUCGAUUUCCCCAUGCUCGUAUCAGCGCUUGCAAUCAAACCUGACGGGACGAAGAGAACAUAAGUACGGGAUGGAAAACACGAUUAUAGACGUCGCCACUUCCAAGCUUCCUUGUUAGCCAUGCAGAAGUGCUUCUUUUCCUCCCUCCUGACCCUAUCAGUGCUUCUUAAUAACGUCACCGGACGACUCUUACGGAACGCAAACGAAACCCUGUCAGCUGAAUACGAUUUCAUUAUCGUCGGUGCGGGUACAGCCGGAUGCGUUGUAGCCAAUAGGCUCACAGAGUCCCCCAACAGCCGGGUGCUUCUCAUUGAAGCAGGCAUCUCGGAUGCCGGACUAGCGGCAGAAGUGCCCUAUUAUAGUCCAACUUUGACACCCAACAAAGGCCCUUGGGACUGGAAUUAUACUGUCAUGCCCCAAGAGGCACUCAAUAAUCGAACCUUCCCUUACCCACGAGGGAAAGUUCUUGGCGGUAGUAGCACCGUUAACUACCUGGUGUUCAAUAGAGGUGGAAUUGAUGACUUCGACCGGAUAGCAAAUGUAUCGGGAGACCAAGGAUGGUCUUGGGACGCUCUGGAACCUUACAUGCGAAAGCUCGAGCGAUUGACACCACCGGCAGAUGGACAUAAUACCACUGGGCAAUUCAUCCCUGAGGCGCACGGCUUUGAUGGUCCACUUCUAACAAGUCUUCCCGGAUACCCUACUCCCAUAGAUGACCUCAUCCUGAACGCCACAACGCAGAUUGCCGGUUAUCCGUUUAACCAGGACAUGAACAAGGGGAAUGAAACCGGAAUCGGUUGGGUGUUUGGCUCUCUAGGCGGGGAAAUACCUGAGAGAAGUAGUUCGGCGACAUCAUACCUGACGCCGAUUCUUAACAGAGCCAAUUUGGACGUCCUUAUUGAGUAUCAGGUAACGAAAUUGAUUCAAACCGGUACUCAAGGAGGAGUUCCAGAGCUCAAAGGAGUGGAAUUCUCGCAAGGUCCCGAUGAGCCUGUAUUCAAUCUGACGGCUAAGAAUGAGAUCGUCCUUAGCGCAGGUUCUAUUGGUACACCUCAGAUUCUGCUGCUUUCGGGAGUUGGAGAUCAGGCCGAACUCGAAGCGGUUGGAAUAGAAACCAUUGCUCAAGUUCCGGACGUUGGUCGCAACCUCCAGGAUCAUGCCCUUCUCCCUAAUCAGUUCUAUGUGAACUCUGACAAUACUUGGGAGAGUGCCUCCCGAAAUGCGUCUAUCGCUGCACAGCAAUUGCAACAGUACCAAGAGACUGGUCAAGGUCCCCUUGUGAACACCAUCUGCAAUCAUAUCGGCUGGCUGCGCAUACCGGAUAAUUCCAGCAUUUGGGAAAAUGCCACAGAUCCUUCUCCGGGCCCGACGGUUGGACACUAUGAGCUUGUUUUCACUAAUGGAUUUGUGGGACCAAUUCAGUCGCUUCCUGAUACCGGAAAUUUCAUGACCGUCAUCAGCAACCUGAUCACUCCUGCAUCUCGUGGUUAUCUGAAGCUGAACACCAGCAGUCCAUGGGACGCUCCACUCAUUGAUCCGGCAAUGCUCAAGGAGCCUAUCGAUCUGCUUAUGCUUCGUGAGGCGUACAAGAGCGCGCGCCGAUUCAUCUCUGCUCCUGCUUUUGACGGAUACAUUUCUGGACCAUAUGGAACUGCAGGGGCCAGUACAGACGAGGACAUCGACGCAUACAUCCGCAACUUUACCACUACGGUUUGGCAUCCGGUUUCCACCGCAACUAUAAGUGCCUCUAAUGAUACUUCCGGUGUUGUUUCACCGGACUUGCUGGUAAAGAAUGUAACUGGUGUUAGGAUAGUUGAUGCGUCUAUCUUCCCUUACGUUCCUUCCGCGCAUCCCGAAGCUGCUAUCUACAUCAUCGCAGAAAGGGCAAGCGACAUAAUUAGGACGGCUUGGGAGAUCUAACGAGGCAAUGGAAUUUAAUCUAUCUUAUUCAACGUUCAGGACUCGGUAUGGUAUAUAUCACUUGCAGUAAUACUCUAAAUUUGUCGUAUGCAUAACGCAUCUUCAGUAUGGGCAAAUACACUGGUUAUUAUUUAAAACACUUGAGCG